UCAACCUCCAUUGCGAGUCCUCCGAUGUCAGCCCAUCCCUCACCUCUCACCGCCGCUGUGGCCGCGGCCGAGGUUUCCUGACGCGCCUACAACGACUGCACGUCACCCAGGGCAUCACAAGCCGUCGCCCUCUCCACUACAUCAGCUGAUUAAUCUUGUUGGCUCGUCCUUCAAGUGAAGAGGGACUGGAACACGAUACCACAACCGGUGAAUUUACUAAGGUAAUCUUAUGUUCAGGCACUCAUUAUUUAUCAAUUACAGGCCGCAGACUUCGUUCACCCCCGGGUUCGUCUGCAUACUUACAUCCCACUCAAGGUUCAAGGACACCCUCACCAGCAUCCCCUCGCACCAGCCGCAGUAUUACAGGCUCAAAAUCAUGAUGUUGCGUUUUCUGACCAUCUUGUUGUCCCUCGGCUCCCUGCUUGCAACAACACCCAUCCAUCUGAAGCCUGGUGCCCUCACGGCACACAUAGGAGAGGUCUUCCUCAUAGAAGAUGUGCUCCUCGUAAAAUAUCCAUAUACUUCCUUGACCAACACCACGGACACAAUCAGGAUAAUCUCAGAAAAACUACUCGGCAUGGCAGACGCCAUCCGGGCUACCAAGACUAGGGAAUCAAAGGCUCCUUCUAGUACCAACUCUCUGACUCUUUUUCAACUACUGGAGGAUAGGAUUCUGUUCUUACGGGGAAAAGUUGAUGAGGUAAACAUGGAUUAUAGUUUUCACUCAGUUCACUCUCGGGUAAAGAGGGGGUUGCUCAACAUCGUGGGGUCCGCCUCAAAGUUCCUUUUCGGUACGGCUACCGACGAGGACGUUCGCGAUUUGCGGGACCACUACGCUCAUGUACUUUCCUUUGCUGCUCGAAAUCGCAGGGUGAUCAACGCCAAUUGUAGAAAACUUGCGCAAUUGCAUACUAACAUAGAGGAACUGCUAGAGCAGACAAUUAAGAUGGUAGAGGUUAUCAACAUAGUUGUCAAACAGAUCGACCAGGUGAAUCAGUUUCUCCUCCUAGAUCAGGCCUUGCAUGUAUUGGAAAACGUCAUUAACUCCGUCGCAACGGCUAAUCAGCAGGUUAUUAGCAACAUGGUUGAUGCAGCGCACGGUAGAGUCACACCUGCCUUGUUCCCUCUACACGAUUUGAGAACGACUGUCCAGAUCGGGUAUCAAAAUUAUAGCCUGACGCCUUUAUUCACCCCGGACAUGAGUCAAUAUUUUUACCCCUUGAUUGAGUCCAGCCUCACCCCUGCUGCCAUAAUCAUUCAUGUUCCAUUUCAGACGGCGGACGUGUUUGAGGCACACGAAAUUGUCCCGUUCCCUUUUUCAGCAAAGGACAGUGUGUUAGCCCUGGACACGUCCCCGUCUCUUGUUCUAAUCGCGAAGGAUUUCGCUCUGUAUUCAACGGGUAGCUACUCACUCUUGCAGUAUUGCAAGGAGACGGUCUUCGGGCGAUUCUAUUGCUCUGCGUCUCUCUUUGCCUUCCUUCCAGUUCGGGGAGGGGUAUGCGAGAUCGCCCUCACCCGCGUGAACGCGUCUGACGCUUUUUCCCUGUGCUCUUACAAGCAGCUAACACCAACGCCUGUUUUCCAUCAGAACUUUCAGGGUCUGCAUUAUUUUUAUUUCCCUCAGUCCUUCUAUGUAUCGGUCAUCUGCCCGGAGGGUACCACUUAUCAACGGGUUACUGGUCACUAUGCCUUAGCGGAAGCAUGCUAUAUCCGCUCCACUAACAUAACAACGUACCCGUCCCGGAUUCGUCUGGUUUUCACGGCCAAUAUUUCCCAUCGAGUGUUUCCUCUACGGUCUCUCGAUGACAUUCAUUUCUCCAGCAUCUCGUAUGUGACUAAUUCCCGUAAUUCAUUGUCUUUUGCGAACAAAACAGAGUUUGCGGAAACCCUGGAGGAAACGCUGCCUGAUUAUUUGCAUCUCCCCUACCUGUACCCUGGAUUUUUUUUGUACCAAUGUUUCUGAUGUUCGUCAGUCUCGUCGUCAUGUGCUACCUUAUUAGGAGAAACUCUGUCCUGCACGAUUAUUUGGUUGUGCAGACGCGGCGACUGGAUGCAGGGAGGCCACUGGCAAGGUAGUUUUCCUUUUCUCAGACAAGUCAGGGGACCGAAACCUGGCUGCUCCUAUACUUAACAUUGUACUGUGUUUCACUACUGUAUUUUUUUUUUAGGAGCUAGAUCAACGUUUCAUUGUCUGUAGCUAUGCCAGUUGAUAGUUUCUUAUACAUGUGUCCUUAUAUUUAUCUUUUGAGAGGUUUCUUAUGUUUCAUGUCACACACGUUGUGGUUUCCCUCUCCCUAGUUAUAUUAUAAUUCCACAUCUGUUCUUACAUAGCCAGUG